GAACACCGAAGGGGAAGUCCCAACACUGUGUCCUCCGACUUUACUACGAAGGUAAAGCGCAGCCAAGGCAAUGGAGAGGAACAAAUUAAAAUGCUCGUUUAAUGUUUGAAGAAAAGUAAGAUGCCUGGUUUAGUGUCCUGCCCUGCCAGUCAACUAGUCUUUGGAAUCAUCAUUCUCUCCUCUGUCUGCAUCAAGUCAGAGAUAUGGACCAAUGAAGUUUCAGAUGUCCAGUUUGGUAGACUGGGCUCCAGGGUCAACCUCACUUGCGGAGGCUCUUACAGUGGGCCUCUGGUGGAAUGGCGGCUCAAUGGAAGCUCAGUACUGCCGUGGCCAAAACAGAUCUCCAAGGACUCACUUACACUCCUGAACGCCAGACACUAUAUGGAGGGCAACUAUAGCUGCCACGAUGAAAAAGGGACUUUACUGCAGACCAUCAAACUACGCCUGGGCCAUCUGCCUCAUUUUGUCAAUGUUUCUUGUCGUGUCCCAAGUCAUACAAAAAUCUACUGCUCCUGGGCACAAACUAAGACAACAGGCCUGCCCACAUUGUAUAUCUCUUCUUACAGUGUUAAAGGCGAUGUAGUUGAACCUUGCGAGCAGGAGAAUAUUGGGUUGAAUGAAUGCACCAUCACCAACCCUCAAAUCUGGAACUCAAAGCUCCUGGUGAACAUCACAGAGAUCAACCCACUGGGAUCCAACUCCACCAUCCUAAAAGUAGAUGUUCAUGAACUCUUGAAACCAGAUCCUCCAGAGGGCAUUAUAGUUCUGCAGGUGGAGGGUCAGCCCACCCAGUUACUGGUGCAGUGGAGAUUUCCUGCGUCCUGGCCUAAUGAAAUCAAAGGGGCCUUUCCUAUAACAUUCUCACUGCGAUACCGGCCAGUCGGUUCCAACUUCUGGUCAAUGCUGGAAACAGAGGACAACACCAGUCUGAGGAUCAAGGAUGCUCUGGUGGGUCAUCUACAUCAGAUCCAGAUCAGAGCUCAGGACGCCCUGAUCAAUCAUAGCCAGUGGAGUGAAUGGAGUCAUGUGGUGGAGGCCCAACCAUGGAUCGAGCCUGGGGAAGAGCCAACGGAGGAACCAAUGGAUUUUUGCUUUCCUUUUUUCAACUUGUCAUUUCCAGUACGUGCAACAGACAAGUCUCCAGAUUCAUCGUUAGACCAAAAUGGAACACUUGGCAUGUUAGUUUUGCUGGGGCUGUUUGCUGCAGUCAUGGUGGCCGUGUUGUCCAUCAUAGCCCUUUUAUGGGUGAGACAGAAGAAACGGGACAAUGGGAAGAAUCAGGAACUGACCUCCAUGGUAAAGAUGAAGUCCAUUCCGAUCUGAAGUAAGUCAGAGCAGAUUUGAGAAGCUGUCCGUCUCCAGUUUGGCCCUCAUAGGGCAUCAGGAUAGGGAAUCACUACCACUACCACUGCGGCGACAGACUACACUGCCCACAAUUCACAUCUCCUCUCUGCUUAGGGGACGGGCUUCUUUUAGCCGAGUUCUGAGUCCCGUGAACUGUGAACAUGAACAGGUCUACAAUGUAGCCAAUGCAAUGGAAAAACACAAAGAUUUCUUUCUUUCUAAGUAAAGUCUUGGACAGUCAAAAAUGAUAUUCUGUAUAUAAUAUUUUUUUAUUACUCUUGGUUUCCUGUACUCCCCAUACUCCCAUAUACUCCAUCUGUGACUCUUGGAAUGCUGUGAAAAAGCUUAGCAGUUGGCUGGAUGUGCGUAGCGCAUGGGGCAUUAUGGAAAAAACUGCCAUUGUCUACGUUUCAGUACACAAAAUUUCACUGGUCUGGCAAAAAUGGGACUCGAUAACCUUAAACAGCUGCUAUCUGUGGAGGACAGAACAUUUGCCAGUGUCUUGGCACUCCACUGAUGGAUACGUUUUUUUUUUUGUUUUUUUUCCUAUUUCUUUGGAAAGACAAUGACAGUUUUGGCUGUUUUCACGAAAAAGGCCUCAAAAAAGAUCUAAUUUCAUAAUAAGUGGACACAUCUGUAAUUGAUUUUUGUUAUUCAGUUAGUUUUCAACCAGAUCUCCAGCAUGUUGUUCUCUACAAUAAACUCCCAUAAAUAGCAUUUCACUGCAAAAUAAAUCAAAAUAAAACAAA